AUGCCUUUGCCUAUCCUCGCCGAGGGUGCUAUCCGAGGUAUUUCAGCAAUUCCCUACGGGUACACUGCCUUGAAAACAGCAGCCGGCCUUGCUGUAAUUACCGCUUUAAAGCGAUAUUUUGGAGGAGCUACCAACAAGUCGGACCGCUUAAUGCACUCUAAGGUGGUUAUGGUUACGGGCGGGACGUCUGGAAUUGGUGCAGCAGUCGUACGAGAGUUGGCAAGCAGAGGCGCCCAAGUCAUAAUACUUACCCAACACUCGCCUUCUGAUCCGUUCAUUGUCGACUACAUUGAAGACCUUCGUACUUUGACCGGCAACGAGCUCAUAUACGCCGAACAAGUUGAUCUUUCCUCCCUUUAUUCCAUUCGGUUAUUUGCUACAAAAUGGAUCGAUAAUAGCCCGGUACGGCGGCUUGAUAUGGUUGUACUUUGCGCAAACACACAGAAGCCGUCCUCUUCCCAGGCAUCUCACGGAACAAGUGAAGGACUACAGGAAGAAUGGCAAAUAAAUUACCUUGCGAAUUACCAUUUAUUGAGCAUUUUAAGCCCCGCUUUGCGAGCACAGCCUCCCGACCGAGAUGUACGAGUUAUAUUCACUACAUGUUCAAGUUAUAUUGGGGCCAACAAGCUAGAUCUGAAAGUUUUGGAAAAGGCGACAGUCGCACAACAUCCGACUGACUUGUCAACAACAAAGAAAAAGACCACCCAGGGCCCUGAAUCUUUCGUGUCCAGUAGUGGCAUGUAUGCGACCUCUAAGCUUGCUCUCAUGGUUUUUGCACGUUCGUUUCAGCAGCAUUUAACUUAUACCCCCCGAACUGAUAAACUAAACAACCCUCUCCCGCCUCCGCCCGCUCGUGUCUUGGUUGUGGACCCGGGAUUUUGCAGAACGCCAGGGACCCGUCGGUGGCUAACCGGAGGUUCCUUAUGGGGUCUCUUAUUUUACCUUAUAACUUGGCCGAUAUGGUGGGUAGUGCUUAAGUCGUCUGAGCAAGGUGCUCAGACUAUCCUUAUGGCAGCAAUGGAAGCAAACUUCAGCGGCGUUGGGAACACGGCCGCUGUUAGCCUUGAUGAAAUGAAGAAGAUGGCGGGUGAAAAUAGUGAUAUGACUGGCCGUAAGAAAGUAGGCAUCGAGGGCGGGACACUUUUAAAGGAAUGUAAGGAGCGUCUUGUUCUUCGAAAGGAGAUUAUGGAUGAGAAAGCAGGCAAAGAGCUAUGGGAGUUCAGCCAGCGGCAGAUUGAGCAGAAGGAAAAAGAAACUGCUUUGCUCAGGGCAAUGGAAAAGAAAGCCAGAGAAGAAGAAGAGAAAGAGCAGAAAAAACCGUCAUCAUCCUCGAAGGAGGCUAAGAAGGCUACUGAAGUAAAAAAGAAGAAAUGA